UUGUUCUCUAUUUUCCAAAAAUUUUGUGCUGAAAUACAUACCCAAUUUGGAGUUCAUGUUAAAAUUCUUCGCUCAGAUAAUGCAAAAGAGUACACACCUCAACACCAUUUCAACAAUACUUAGAGCACCAUGGGAUAAUUCAUAAAAUGUCUUGUUUCUAUACCCCACAACAGAAUGGCGUGGCUGAACAGAAAAAUUGACAUUUACUUGAAACCGCUCAUUCCAUUAUGCUUGAUAUGAACGUCCCAAAGCGUUUUUGGAGUGAUGCUGUCUUGACAUCAUGUUUCCUCAUCAAUUAGAUGCCCAUGUCCAUCCUUGGAAGUCAAUCCCCUUUCUUAGUCUUGUUCCCUACUCUUUCUCCAUUCCUCUUACUCCUAGAGUCUUUGGUUGUGUUUGCUUUGUUCAGAAUUUAGGACCUGGUUUAGACAAGUUAGAUGCGCGUGCCACCAAAUGCAUCUUUCUUGGAUACUCCAGGGCCUAAAAAGGUCAUAAGUGUUAUAACCCUAGCUCUCAUCGGUCUUUUGUGUGCUCGGAAGUCACUUUCUUUGAGUUUGUUCUUUUUUUCUCGAGUACUGAUGUCCUUCCUCCUGCUCCUAUGAUUCCACUUCCAGUUCCAAUUGAGGACCCCUUUCCAGUGGUUUUAGUUCUGGUUGAGGACCCCCUUCCCGUGGUUCUUGUUCAAGCUCCAUCCUCACCUUCUCCAGUGCAGGUUAAUACUGAGAGGCCACCAAUCACACAAGUGUAUACUCAUAGAAGAGCACCGGCCCCUCCUCCAGUUCAGCCCUCAUUGACAGAUCUUGUGGUUGCACUUCCUCCUUCUGAACUUGAUCUUUCUAUUUCAUUGCGGAAAGGAAGCCCUUACUUCUUCAAGGUGGCGACAAGCAAUGGAAGAGGAAUUGUCUACUUUACAACACAAUCACAUGUGGGAACUUACUACUCUCCCUCCCGGUAAGCAUGUUGUUGGA